AUGGCUCACCUGACCUCCCAAGUCUCCACUUACGAAGCGAAAUUCGCUAAACUCGACUCCCUGCUCGCCGAAGUGGAUGCACUCCGAGCAGAGAACACCAACCUCCGUGCCGACAAUGAGGCCCUUCAAGCUCGUUUAGCCGCCGCACUGUCCCCACACCCCACUUCUGCUGCUGUGACCUCCACCACCUCUUCGCCUGCCAAACCCUCAGGCACAAAAACCGCCAAGCCCUCCUCUUCCGUUCCCCUUGGCUCCGAUCAGUCCUCAUGGGCUACUGUGACCAAAAAAUAUCGCCCGGUCCAACCUGUUGCUCUCGCCCGCCGUCAGGCUGCUGCUGCCCGUGCCUUCCAACCAAACGAUGGCCCCACAGGUUAUAAAUACCUGUAUGUUCCUCGCUCCCGCCGAUUGACCCGGCAAGAAGUCCGUUCGCGGCUUCGACGUUUGGGCAUUGACCCAUACCGCGUCCUCGACAUCAUUUUCCCAGCUCGUUCCGUUAUUGGACUUCUUGUCCAUGUUCAAUACUAUGAAUUUGCUAUGGCCCAAAUUGUGAACUCCAAAAUUCAACCGCUCACCGAUUUCGACCCCCUGGCUAUCACCAUCAUUGGUGACCCUGAAAUAAAACAAAUGCCCAUUCCCGAUCAAGAAGCCUUUGUGUUUGAUCUCCACCGCAGCCGAUGCGAACGCGCAAUUUCCCAUCUGCCAUACCACAUUGCCUCCCCUGUUGCCCGCUCCUUCCUUGCUGACGGCAUUUUGGACGACGCCGAUCUGCCAAAACUGCUGUAUCAAUGUCGUGGUGCCCCUCCCCAGCCCAUCAAGGAUGCUGAAUCCACCGACGGUAGCUCCAACGACCCGGAUCAACCCAUGACCGAUGCUGACGACGCUCCCCUUACUGAAACAUUUUAA